GACCAUUCCUCCGUUCCUCCACAUCCAGGCGAGGUGAGAGCGGCGCACAGCUCCAGACGGAUCAGAGAGGGUUGGUGUGGGUACACAGCAGAGCGCACGACUCACGGACUCUGUACAGCGCAACUCCAACACUAAUGGAUAUUUACGUGGCUCUGUUUUCUUUUCUCUUUUUUACCAAACCAUCUUUGACUUUCGGAUCAGAUCAAGACUACCAGAUUGAUAUCAUCAAUGAACUUGACCUGGCAAAUGCCACAUAUGGAAUUACCCAAGUGGCGGGGCUUCACAACGGCAGCAAAGCCUUCAUUUUUCGAGAUGUUGGGAGAGCAGUUCACGCCCCGGCACACAUCACAGAAAAAGUGGUGCAGCUGUUCAGGAGUAAAAGUGAGUUUACCUUCUUGGCCUCCAUCCAGCAGAAGUCCUCAACGUCAGGAGUCAUAUUCUCCAUCCACGAGUCAGAACACAGUUACUUUGAGCUGGAGAGCAGUGGGGUGAGAGAGGAGAUCCGCUACCACUACCGCUUCAAAGGCAAGCCGCGCUCCGAGUCCUUCCCCUACCGCCUCGCCGACGGCCAGUGGCACAAGAUCGCCCUCACCAUCAGCGCCUCCCACCUCCUGCUGCACGUCGACUGUAACAGGAUUUAUGAGCGGGUGAUAGACCCUCCUCAGAUGGAGCUCACCCCGGGUAGUGGAGUGUGGCUGGGCCAGCACAGCCACAAGCAUGGUUUGUUUAAGGGCGUUAUUCAAGAUGUGAAGCUGAUUUUCGCUCCCAACGGCUACAUCACACAGUGUCCAAAUCUUAACCGCACCUGUCCGACCUGCAGCGAUUUCCUGAGCCUGGUGCAAGGCAUCAUGGACCUGCAGGAACUGCUGGCCAAGAUGACCCUGAAGUUAAACUACGCAGAGUCUAGGCUGACUCAACUGGAGGGCUGUCACUGCGAGAGGACCUGCAGCGCCAACGGCCUGGUGUACAGAGACAAAGAGCUGUGGGUUGAGCCCGAGAACUGCAGGAACUGUGCGUGUAAGAAUGGUGUGGUGGAGUGUCGCAGGAUUUUCUGUCCUCCAGCAAACUGCUCAGAAGACCUGCUGCCCGUGCAUGUCGACGGGACUUGCUGCAAGACAUGCAGACCAAAAUGUACCUACAUGGGACAGACGUUUUCUGAAGGCCAGCGCUUUUUGUCCAGGAGCUGCAGGGAGUGCAAGAACGGCCUGAUGGUGAAAGUCACCGAGACUUGUCCGGAGAUCAACUGCACCGUCAGCGAACAGGUCUUACCAGAUGGCAGAUGCUGCAAUGUUUGCAGAGGUUAUGACUUCUGCGCAGAGGGACUCAUUUGUGGAGAAAACUCUGAGUGUAAAAACAGGAAUACUAAAGCAGAGUGUGAAUGCAAGAGCGGCUAUGCCUCCAUCCAUGGGGAUUCUACUUACUGUGAAGAUAUCGACGAGUGUGCGACGCAGAUGCAUUACUGCCAGUCCAACACAGUGUGUGUCAACCUGCCCGGCAGCCACCGCUGUGACUGUCUGCCAGGCUUCAUUAGAGUGGACGAAUACUCCUGCACCGAGCACGAUGAGUGCGCCACUGGCCAGAAUUUGUGUGACGAGAACGCCAUCUGCACCAACACCAUCCGAGGACACCUGUGUACCUGCAAGCCGGGCUACGUCGGCAACGGCACCAUCUGCAAAGCCUUCUGUGAGGAGGGAUGCCGGAGCGGAGGGACGUGCGUGUCUCCCAACACAUGCGUUUGCCCAUCAGGAUUUACUGGACGCCGCUGUGAGACGGAUAUCGACGAGUGUGCGGAGGGCCUGAUUGAGUGCCACAACCACUCCCGCUGCAUCAACCUGCCCGGCUGGUACCACUGUGAAUGCAGAAGUGGUUUCCAUGACAAUGGCUCCUACCUGCUCGAUGGGAGCUCCUGCAUUGACAUCGAUGAGUGCAGUUUGCAGACACACACCUGCUGGAAUGACAGCGUGUGUGUGAACCUCCCAGGGGGCUACGACUGUGUGUGUACAUCUGGUCCGGGCUGCAGCGGGGACUGCCCACAGGAAGGAGGAAUCAGACGCAACGGAGAAGACUGGAAACCCAGCUUCGACCGCUGUGCUAUAUGCUCCUGCAAGGACGGGCAGACGUAUUGCAGGAGGAGACCCUGUGACUGCGGAGACCCCGAUGAGGAUCUGUUCUGCUGUCCUGGAUGUGACAACAGGCCCAGCAGCCAGUGUCUGGACCAGGGCGGACGCACGCUCUACCGCAGCGGAGCGUCUUGGUUGUACGGCUGCCAGCAGUGCCGCUGCAUGGAGGGGGAGGUAGACUGCUGGCCUCUAGUUUGCCCCGUGAUGAUGUGCGAGUACACGGCAGUGGUGGAAGGCGAGUGCUGCCCGCGCUGCGUCACAGACCCCUGCCUGGCUGACAACCUGUCAUAUGACAUCCGGCAGACAUGCAAGGACCCCGCAGGCAUUGCCCGCCUCAGCGGAGACACAUGGCAUAUGCCCAAAUCACCCUGCACCACCUGCAAGUGCAAGAAUGGGAAUGUUUGCUGCUCAGUGGAUCUCGACUGCCUUCAGAACAACUGAAACUCUUGUGUCCUCCUCCUUCUCCCAACAACCUCCUCUCCUUCUUUCACGAUGGGACUGCCACACCCCCUCCCCCGUCCGACGACUCUCCCCUUGGAUUCAUAAGACAGACUCUAGCACGCACAUGUGCAUGCCAGUGUGUGCACAGAAAUUACAAACACACGCUGGACAGACUGAGGUUUUGAGCCUGAGCUUUUAUGCCGUAACUCUGUCGACACAGAGUGAGUGAGUGUGUGAGUGUGUGUGGCUCAGGAGGAGACUGAGGCCACAGUCGCUCUCACCACAGCCACUGUGUUUGUGUAUAUGUCUUCGUAUUUGAUUCCAUUUCACUUAAUGUCUUGAGGAAACCCGCGUCUCAAAUCCCAAGCCAGAGACUAAAACAAUGGACAGACGUUGAGGUGCUCCGUCUGUCCGUAUUGCCUCAUCACAUAGACUCACUAUUGCUUUGUCAGCUACAAGGAAAUGUCACACGUUUUUCAUAGUCAUGGAGUCUGAGGGAAAGAUUGAAGGCGCGAAAAUGUCUUGAUAUGUAAAUCUUAUACUUUAAACUCCCAGGCGCACCAAACUAUCAUCCAACUACUGCUGGCAAUGAGGGCGGACGUUGCUUGACGUGGCCUGCAUCUGGACCUUUUGACUUUCUUUCCUUACGUUCCUUAUCUGGGUAGUUCAUACAUGUGUCAGAUCAACGGGGCUACUGUCAGAAACGCUUUGUGUCCAUGGUCAUCUAACGUCCUGCUUUAAAUAUUUUCCAACUGUGGCUUCUAAAUAUAAACUCCCUACUCAAAGUAAAUACCAUAUUAGGUUUAGCUGUAUUUGGGCGACACUUAAUACACAGUUGUUCAUUGUGAGCCUGUCCCUUCUUUCAGCCUUCAGGUCCUCAAAAUACCAACCUCAAAAUAAACCGCAUCCUUCAGAGCAUCCAGUAUCUGGACUGGAGCCUAGCUGCUGUCUGUCCUCCUGAGCCAUUAUCUCUUCAGUUUCCCACAGCCUCCGUGUCUCGGCUCUUUGAUGAGGAUGACUGCCUAGAUGUUUGACUAGAACGGCAACAGUCUUAAAAUGCACUAGGAAGCAGUGUGCUCGCUACACACUACAAAUUCCCGUUGGCCAGAACAAGCACCAGCUAUAGCUGUUGAUUAAAUCAGCAGAGCUUGCUGUGGGGUGGAGUCGUCCGGCCUCUCCUCAGGCUGCUCGGCUCUGCACCAUAUGGCACACACAGAGCGGCAGAGACGAGAAAAAAAAAAAAAAAAAAAAAAAAAAACGCUGGAGAGAUUGGGGAUAAUUAAAGCCAUGUCACGCAGGCCUGGAUUUGAGUAUGCCAGGAGGUCACCGAGUGUUGAAUCUGUUUACAGACAGCUAGGCUUAUUAAAGCAGGGGCGUCCGGCGCCGUCCUCGCUACCGUUCACACAUUCACAGCUUCAAUGCUGCUGUGCUUUUUCUGUCCUGUCCUCUCCUCCAUACCUCUCUCCAUUAUCCUCAAGCUUGUCUGGAGAGCGCUAAUGUUUUCCCUCAAGUGUCAUUGUUAUCACUAUCCGUGUGUCAGUUAUUUUCCCACAGGAGACCAAGGGGUGGGGGGUAGGAGGGGGGGUCUCCUACACUGUCUCAACAUUUUGUGAAACGAACACAGAGAUCAAAAGCAAACGACGUGCUGUGGCCGUGACUAAUGUUUUCAUGCUGAAAUGUUUGUCUGAUGACAGCAGAAAUCGGACGACGUGUUCAUUUUCUGAAAAAAAAGUAAAGCUUUUACCAUAAAAUAAGUUAUUUUCCGCUUAAUUUGAAGAAAGUUUAUUUACAAAGCUAGUUUCUUCUUCUUUGCUUUUAUGUUUUCAACUGCAGAUAUCUUGACUCGUUUUAUUCCUUCUCUCAGAAGAAUCCAUUUGCUGCCUCAGAGUUAAAAAGAUUUUAGCUUUACGAGAUAAUUGAUCCCAUUGAAAAUUAAACUUUUGUUUUGUCAAUUUACUUUUUUUUUUGCAAUUCAGAUCACAGAAAUCAGUUUGUACCUUAAAAGACGUAUCCUUUCCCCACUGCCAAAAAUAAGAUGUAUACUGUCGCGGAGAACCUUGUAGACAAGUCCGAGACAGGAACAGAACUGUAUCUAAAAACCACAACGGGCAUCUCAUGGCAGGAAGUAGCGGGAGCCAGUGGACAUGUGUUGACAGAAUCACCUCUUAAUUAAAAACCCUUCAAUUUCACAAAUAUUGGCGCUAAUUUCUACCAAUGCUACAAGUUUGUCAUCUUCAUUUGUGCUUAACAAUUAUCUGUAAAACUGUGAGAUUUUUAGCGUUGUUGUCUGCACUAUCUAUAACGGAAAAACCUUUCAUGGAACCGGUAUGGUCUUCAGAUCCAAAAGUAAAUAUCUUUCCUGUUCUGCUGACCUUCCUUUAUUUAAUGUCAAACUAGUUCUUAUUUCUGGUCACACACAGAAACAGUAAAAAAAGAAGUAUAUAGAUAUUUUUCUUCUUUAUUUUUUUCCGUUUGUUUGGAUUCCGAGACGCACUGGUCAUUUCUCAAACUUACGAGAACCGCGAUUCCUCUUGUUAGGCCUCUGGAGAGGACAGCAUGCCUUCUCAGUCCACAGUGUCCUUGUAUCUUCUCCCUUUUCCCACUACAUCUUUCUGUGUCUCACGUGCAGAUUCCUCUAAUCCAUUAUCACAAAGCCUCUUGUGAAACUGAAACUGUCAACUGUGUAAAAGUACACAGAAGCAGAGAGAGAGAGAGAGCGAGAUAGAGAAACGAGUGGCGCGGAUGGUAUCUGUACCCAUCGAAGUUCAACAGCAAUCAAAGGCAGACAUUUGUACAAAGGAUCACUGGAAACGACGUUUUCAGAUCGCUCUGUUCAUUUGAUAUGAAACAUGACUGUAAAACACAAUUUGCAAGUCUGUGUGUAAAUGAGUUUACAUACAGAUGAUACGAUAAAAUUAUACAGUUUUUUAAUUAUCAUUGUGAUCAUGAAUAACGUGUUAAUUUUAGUGUACUACUUUUCUUUUGGUGGGAUAGGUUCUGUUUUGCUGUAAAUACUGUGUAAAGGGUAGGGUACUGUAAAGAGAGUUAAAACUAUGUGAAUAAUUCUCACUACCACAGCUUCUUAGGAUCUGAGCGUUGUAAGUUGAAUGAGAGAAGCAACAUUUCUAUUGUUUUUACUAUUUCUUUAUUUUUCUAUUCUUGCCUUAACCCUUUUAGUAUCUGUCAUGGUUUAAUGUUUUAUCACAGCUUUAGGACAGCAUUAUGGAUUUUAACUAGCCUGUGUGUAUAUACAUAUACAGAUCUCUGAUCAGAGCAUUAAAAGCGGAGUCAAGUGGAUUUGGGACAUCGGAAUGAGCAUAGAUAAGCGUCUGUUCCAGGAAUCUCUACCAGCAGAUGAGGAGCUUGGGCAGACUAUUCACUGCAUCGGCAAGUCAUUUUUUUCCCCUUCCCAACACGUUUGUACGAUCUUAUCCCUCCACGGGAACCAGACAAAAGACAACUGUGUACACAUGUAAAGAAAAUCUAAUGUUGAAAAUGUUGUUCUUGAUUCAGUUCCUGCCGAAAAAACAAAAGCAUUGUGUUUCUCCUUUAAUGUCUGACUCUUUAAAAAAAAAAAAAAGAAAAGGAAAAAGAAAAAGAAAAAAAAAGAAAAAAAAACAGUUUUGGACCUUCUAGCUCCUGAUGUGCUUGUUCAUGUUUUUAAUAGAAGACCACGGCGGAGGGAUCCCCGAGUCUGUUCAUUGUUACUUCUCCAGAUCAGAGUGGCCAACUUAAUUGUACUCAAAGGGUUAAGUGUCAUUUGAAGACUGUGUCGUGAUAAGAGUUUGCUGUAAAAAAAAAAAAAAAAGAAAAUCUCUCGGUUAAUAAAUAUUUUAGUUGUUUACUUUA